AUUGCUAGCGAGUAAGACGUCAUACUCAAGCCGCUAUAGAAAAUUUGCUCUCAGUGUGGUUCUGUAGAAACUGGUGGUGAAAAGUUGCGAAAAACCCUUCAAUUUUCUUAUCUCGUGUGCUGUUUAGUGAAGAAAACAUGGUCUGGGGAUUUGUAACAUGCGGCCCAAAUGAGGCUCUAGUGGUUUCAGGAUGCUGCCAUAUGAAACCACUAUUGGUCCCCGGAGGACGGGCAUUCGUUUGGCCUUCGAUCCAAAGGGUUCAAAGAAUAUCGCUCAACACGAUGACUCUCCAAGUGGAGAGCCCAACCGUUUACACAAGUCAAGGAGUGCCAAUUUCUGUUACCGGUAUUGCCCAGGUCAAAAUACAAGGCCAGAACGAAGAUAUGUUGCUGACGGCUUGUGAGCAAUUUUUGGGAAAAUCCGAAGCAGAGAUCCAGCACAUAGCUCUGGUUACGCUCGAAGGUCACCAGCGGGCCAUUAUGGGCUCGAUGACUGUGGAGGAAAUUUACAAGGACCGUAAGAAGUUCUCCAAACAAGUGUUUGAGGUCGCAUCUUCGGAUUUGGUCAACAUGGGCAUCACGGUGGUAUCGUACACUUUGAAGGACAUUCGCGAUGAGGAGGGUUACCUCAAAAGUCUCGGAAUGGCCCGUACAGCAGAGGUGAAGCGUGAUGCCCGCAUUGGCGAAGCGGAAGCCCGAUGCGAUGCCACCAUCAAGGAAGCGAUUGCCGAGGAGCAGCGAAUGGCGGCUCGCUUUCUGAACGAUACAGAAAUCGCGAAAGCACAGCGGGAUUUUGAACUCAAGAAAGCGGUCUACGAUGUCGAGGUUCAAACGAAGAAAGCCGAAGCGGAACUUGCAUAUGAACUGCAGGCAGCGAAAACCAAACAACGCAUCAAGGAGGAACAGAUGCAGAUUAAGGUUGUUGAGCGCACGCAGGAGAUUGCUGUACAAGAACAGGAAAUGACACGCCGUGAGCGUGAACUGGAGGCAACAAUUCGACGUCCCGCCGAAGCGGAAAAGUUUAAAUUGGAAAAGUUGGCAGAGGCAAACCGAAACAGGGUUAUAUUGGAGGCGGAGGCCGAAGCUGAAGCGAUUAAGGUCCGAGGUGAAGCGGAGGCAUUCGCAAUCGCUGCCAAAUCGAAAGCCGAGGCGGAACAGAUGGCCAAAAAGGCGGAAGCUUGGCGAGAAUAUCGUGAAGCUGCGAUGAUAGAUAUGUUGCUGGAAACGCUACCAAAGGUCGCUGCAGAAGUUGCGGCUCCGUUGUCACAGGCUAAGAAAAUAACGAUGGUAUCGAGUGGCACUGGCGAAGUUGGUGCGGUAAAGCUCACCGGGGAAGUGCUACAAAUUGUCAACAAAAUUCCGGAUCUGGUCAAAUCGAUUACAGGCGUGGACAUUUCACGGGUUAUCUGCGAUCUUACUUCGGAUGAGUUUAUGCAAUGACAUCCUGAGGUGAUUGUUUAAAGGGCCAUGCCUUCCUACACCAACGAAAUCCACCACUGCCACUUUUCCCAGCGUUGUUUUUAGUCGAUUCUGUCCUGUUUUAAUGGGACCAUAUAAUUCGUUUAGCCACAGUCUCAACACGACACCACACACUACAGACAAUUUCUAUAUUUUGAGUGACUUUGCUGUUAGAAUUCGGUUCACGCUGGCUAGAACCCAUGACAGGCUGGCGAUCACCUGUUGGUAUUUUGAGCCACCACAAUAUCGAACGGACAGACGAGAUCAGUACCAAAAAAACGAGCAAGUUCCACAGAGAACGAUCACGCCACAUAACCCAGCGCAACAAUGACCAACUCCAUCUUAAAUUCCUGUGAGGUUGUUGUAUUCGAACAACGUUGAAUUGCCAGAGGAUUGUUUUCUACCUUUUAUUUGUUUUCGUUGGUAAGUUUUGUUACACUUUUAAUGCAUAAAAGAUUGUAUAUUUUGAUUUACACGAUAUAUUUUUCUUAAAUUUUUAUCGUCUCAUCACGAGUGUUAAUAUUAGUGUAAGUGUUAUGUUAUGUUGUUAGAUUUCGUAAACGUAAGAUUUCAUGUCGCUCAUGUGUUUUAUUUGAAUAAGUUAGUUUUGUCUCGAACAACAAUCCGACUGAGUCAACCAUCGGCAUGCCCCAUCAACCGAUACCGUUUAGAAAUUUGCUAGCUAAUACACACAAAAGAAAUGAAACUAUAAUCAUGUGAAUUCACUGCCACAGUGUAUCGAAUAUUUCGGUUCGAAUAAAAAAAAAACAAUCAUGCGUAAUAUAAAACGAAGCACAACAAAACUUUAUCACAUCGUCCCCAGUGAUCGGGUGACCGGAUGGUGCUGACUCGGCGUUACAGCGCAGGUAAUGUUACCCUUUUCCAAUUUCCUAGUCCAUUCGAUAUCGGAUUUCAAUUGAUUGGAGAGUAUACCACACGUCCAAAUAAAAGAACAAAUAACUUUACUUAACCACAAGCCGCGAAGAUGUAAUCUCUGGGCACCAUUUCAAAUAUAUACUUAUAUAUUUUCUUACUGAAUUCAUUCUUUUAGCCUACAAUGUAAACUAUCUCGAACAGAGCGAACUAUUCUAAUUUUCUCCAAUAUCACUCGAAUCGCUACAAGUUGAUAUUACUCGCGAUACCUAAACAAUUGUUCAAUUAAACUCUAAACUGAAUUGUUCGUCUUGUUAAUUCAUUCUGGAUGAUUCGAGUCCUGUAUUUAAUUUGCAUUUCGUAAAUGGUGAGAACAUAGAGCAUAAUAAAAAAAAGUACGCGUUAGUGGGACAAAGAAAUAAAACACUAAAGCAACUAUAUAUACAUGUAGGAAAUAGUCUUUUUUGUGGUGUCGUGUUUUUAUUCGGGUGAACCAAUUAUUAAAUAUAUGAUAUGAUUCGAGUGUAUUGUAAGAAGAACCUGAUAGAAACAUUUACUAGCACUCAUUAUAUAGCAGAAUUGAAGUGUAACAUUGAUAUUUAUCAUACAAAAAGAUAUAUUUUGUGAUGAAAUUUCUCGACAAAAAGUAUGAACAAAAAUUAAAAAAAAAACUUUGUCACGGCAAAACUGAAUGAACCGUAUUAUUUUUCAACUAGCGAAAGCGUUAUAAAGGCAAAUCUACGAACGCGUAAAUGGUGUUAGAAUUAGUUUUACCAACUGGUACAAAACGUUAAAAAUAAAAAGAAAUGUAAUUUUUUGAAAUUCAAAUAAUA